CCAAUGGCGACGGCGUCGAGCCGCGAGUCGUUCGCCCGCGGGCGGCGCCGCCCGCCUGCUGCUCGAUGCUCGUGCGCCAUCACUGCACGCGGCCAUCCCAAAAUAGGCAGCCCGUAAUAGGCAUGCGCGCGCGCGCGCGAGGUUCACUCCACGCCUCUCCUUUUUCUCGCGCGUUCCUACACCACCCCUGUGAUUAUAAUUGGGAGUGGCCAGAGACGAGACCGAGGAGCUAGGAGGCUAGGCUAGGCCGCAGCGCGCCGAUGGAUCUCAAGGAAGGAAGGCAGGCGAGCGGCGGCAGGGCGGGCGGCCCGCCGUCGCGCCUGGCGUGCAACAUGGGCCCCCCGCGCCGCGUGUCCUUCGCCGUCGACGGCCCGCCGCAGCCGCAGACGGCCACCUGCUGCACGGCGCUGCAGCGGGGCUUCGCGCCCGACAGCCGCGUGCAGCCGCGGUACGCGCCCGUGCGGACGCCCGCCUCGGCGGCCCUGCUGCAGGUGGGCGAGGACGACGACCGCCAGCCGCAGUCCGCCAAGGACGGCGGCGGCGGCGGCGGCGGCGAGGAGAUGGUCGCGGUGGCGGCGGCGGCGGUCCGCAAGUGGAAGUACGCGGUGGAGGACGCGGACGUGGCGCAGCUCGCCGAGACCCCGCGGCUCCGGCGCAGCGGCGGCGUGCGCCGGGACUGGAGCUUCGAGAACCUCCACGCGGGCAAAAACGCCGCCGCCUAGCUUCCCACGACCGUCGCCGCCUCUGCAUAGGUAGCCACAGCCUGCAGCAGCCCAACGCAAGCACUUCCCGGGCGAUCUGAUGAAUACAAAAUUUAGUCAUCAAUAUUUCAACGCAAAUUACUAAUCCCAUCCGUUCUAACCAAUCAAGCUUUUCCCCUAGACGUCCGCACACGCUGCAGUGAAAACAUCCAUCCCAACAUGUCACGCAAAUUACUAGAUUUGAAACCUGCUGACCUGUCUGACCAUGAUUGGCUGUCGUAAAAUUUGUACAUAUAUUCCAUAAAAAAAAUUGUACAUAUUUAAGUACUUGUAAUGUUUUUGUCCAGUGGAGUGUAUAUAUUUAUUCCCGUAAAAAGGAAGGACAGUGUACCCUGGAGAAUUGAGCAAC